AUGUUGCCUGAAGUAGGAGCGCUUCCGAAAAACAUGCGGUCGCGCCAAGACGCCAUGGGUCUGUCCGAGUUCCGAGAGGAUGCGCGUGGCUUUCAAGCCCCGACGCUCGCCUCUUUCCGUCCGAGGCGAUGCCAACGCCACCUCGCGGGCGCCGGGCCUCGAGAGUUGCAACGCAUUCCGCGGACCGCACCCGCACAUUCUCACUUUCAGCCUCCGACGCCUGUCCAAUUGACCUGCCCCGCCCGCUUUAGGGCUCCGCACGCGUCGGCGGCCAUCUUCCGAUCGGCCUCGUCACCUUCGUUUCGUCAUCAGCUGGCAUCAGCGUUGCGUCUUUGCCGCGAGCUCAUGGAACGCGGCGUACAAGCCUCGUCGCCUCGGCCCAUCUGCUACGCUCGCCCCACGCGCAGUAGCGAGACUCUCUGGCAGCGUCGUGUACCGCGGUUCAUCGUCGCUCCUCCCGCUCUGCCCCUGGCCGAAUCGGCGUCGCUUGUCAUUUCAUCACUGCUGGCAAUCAUCCCGGCAAGGUUCCCGGCAAGGUUGUCGGCAGGCUUGUCGCGGUGCAUCUCACCAUGCGAAAAUCGUCGGAGCCUCUGCGGCGCCGGGAGCAUGAUCGCAUGCGUUCGAAAUUCGAACCCAGCAGUCGACUCGAAGCUCGAACGGUAA